GCGUCAGCGUCAUGUCGUCGAUGUCAUAACACAACAAAACAGAUUUUUCGUGCGUGCGUUCGGGGAGACGUAAACUUUAUUUGGCAAAAAUUGUGGUGUACUUAAAUAUCUUCCACCGGACGGUAAGGCCCAGGCGGAAGCGAUGGCCUAUCCCAUCAUGGAUCUGAACAAAAUGUGCCGAAUGUGCUCCUCGGAACACGUCCCGGUGCGGUCAAUCUUCUAUGACUACACUGACCUAAGGCUGCCGCAGACCAUAAGCGAAGUGCUCCGGCUGGAGAUUAGUCUGGCCGAUGGACUGCCGACCAAUAUCUGUGAACCUUGCGUUGGAAUCCUGACCAAAAUGAAGCACCUGGUGGACCAGUUCCGGGCGAACGAGCGGGCGCUGCGGCAGAGAAUCUUCGGAAUAGUUUUCGGCGGCGACAGCGCGACCUAUCCUGCUGCUGGGACAAUGAACACCGGAUUGAUAUUCAAGGAAGUUCCGGUGAACAGCGUUAAUCCUUGUAUUCCUUCCCAACCGACACAACAAUACGCCGCCGGAUUAAUUCCUCCCGUCAACCAGAAUCAUGCCCUGCCUGAAGUGAAAGAGGAAGAAGAUUCGGACUCCAGUUCGGACGAUGAUACGGAUUGCGAUGGAUCGGCACCGAACGGUCAACAGCUUGGCGAUUUGAAGCCGGACUUUAUGUGUUAUAUCUGCAAAAGCGACUCGAUGGGUACGGCCAAGGGCUUGACGGAUCACCUAUCGGUACAUUCCGGUUUGGUACCGCAAACGUGCACGGAAUGCGUUACGGAACCGAUUGUGCUGCGGGAUGUCCGGACAUUGAAUUCGCACCGAAGAAUGCACUCCCAACCGAUCAAGUGUGAGUACUGCGAUCGCCGUUACGGGGACUAUCAUGGACGCGAUGAACACGUUCGCUUAUAUCACCUAGGCGAGGGCGCUCCGUGUCCCUCGCCUUGCCAGCAAUGCGGUAAAAUUUGCAAAUCCGUGGCGGCACUGAAAAGCCAUAUGCGAAACCAUAAACAGGACGUUAGAUGCGACCAAUGCGGGAAGGUUUUCCACAAGCAGCACAAACUGCAAGAACAUGUAAAGUGGUUCCACGGCCAAUCCGAACGACAUCAGUGCAGCAUAUGCAAUAAGGUUCUCCACACUUUGGCUAGUUACAACUCCCACCUGAAGCAGCACAAUGAGGACAAAAACUACAGCUGCGAUCUUUGUCCACUGAAAUUCUACACUGCCGCAAACCUCAGAACGCACAAGCGCGUUCACCAGAAGAAUGCCAACUACAAACCGAAAAAGGACUGGACCGGCCACUAUACGGUAACGCGGGCUGCCGACGGUAGUAAAAUGUACUCGUGCAAUCUGUGCGGGAAGACUGCCACCGGAUACAUCAACACCAUCAUCAGUCACGUGCGGCUGCAUUUCAAGGAGGUCCGCUGCGACCAGUGCGAUUUGAAGUUCACGUUCGUGAACCAGCUGAAGGCCCACUACGUGGUGCACACCCGGGAACGCAACUUCAAGUGCAACUACUGCGAGAAGGAUUUCAUGUACGACUCGCACAUGCGACACCACAUCAAGCAAGCCCAUCCGGCGGAACGGGAAGCCGAAAGGGCCGCUGCCGCUGCACGGAAAAAGCUAGCUCAGGCGAACAGCAGAGGUACUGUUCAAUAGUUACGUAAGGUAGGUGUGAAGUUAGUGAGAUUGUGAACGUAAAUUUGAUUAACGACGUUAAUAAGGAAACAAUUUCGUAUAAGAGUAAAAGCAAAUAACCUUAGCGCGCUAUCUUAAUAAUUAAAAAGCACAACGGAA